AUGUCGUUCUUCAACACGUGCACGCUCCUUACUGCCCUACUGUUUGCACAGUCAUUCGCUUUACCCGCCCCUGAGUCCAAGCCAGUCCAGCUCAAAGAAAGGAACAUCUGCAACGACGGCGAGCUUGCCGCCAAGAACCCACGCGCAGCUUUUUUCCGUAAGGUCGUGGACGAGUCAAACUACAGCAACCACAGCAGAGUACCAACGCCGAAUGAUAUUCCCCUGAAGGUGGGCAUCAUCGGCGGUGGAGCUGCCGGGCUCUACGCUGCAAUUCUUCUCGACUCUCUUGGAAUUGACUACGAUAUCCAUGAGGUUUCUGGUCGCAUUGGCGGGAGAAUCUACACCUACCAUUUCGAUCAAGAGGCUUGGGACAAGUCGACACCCGCAGAUCCUGCCUAUUAUGAUUACUACGACGUUGGCGCCAUGCGCUUCCCUCCGAUGCCUUACAUGAGCCGCAUCAUUGGAAAUGACUCAGGGAGUCUUAUCCCCUAUAUCAACGCAAGAGUUUCUGAGCGCGAUCAAGUCGUCAAGGAACACUAUAUUUUCAGAACGAACAACACAUUCAGGCGAUUCAACGGUGUCACUUCUCUCCUCCAAGACCCCGAUUCCGCCUCCCCUGCUAAGUACGAUGUUCCUGUCUUCAACUCGACCUUUGAGACGCAGUCUGCGUAUAAUUAUGAUUCCAUGACAGUCCGGGAGUUCCUCUUAGAUCAGGGGUUUACCAACACAGAGAUCGACUGGAUGGAGACCAUCAACGACGCCACAGGUCACUACGACAUGUACUCCAUGUCUCAAGCCGUCCUCGAACAGUGGAUCUUUGACAGCGCAGAUAUCGACAACUGGUCGCUGAUCAACGGCGGCAUGGACAUGUUGACCAAGGGCAUGAACCUCAUCGUGAAGAACAAGCCCAUCCUACACCACCGCGUCUCCGACAUCAAGAAGAAUGCCAAUGGCUCCUUGAAGAUUGUUGUAAACGGCACCCAGGAGUAUGACUAUGCCCAUGUCAUCUCGACCGUUCCGCUGGGUGCCCUCCAGGCCAUCAACAUGACCGAGCUAGACCUCAACUACUUCGAAAACAACGCCAUCCGCACUCUCAACUACGACCCUUCGACGAAGAUUGGGUUCAAGUUCAAGACCCGAUGGUGGGAAAACCUCGCUACUGGUCCUUUCAAGGGUGGCCAGUCCUUCACCGAUCUCCCUAUUCGCCGCUGCGUCUACCCCUCAUAUGGCAUCGAUGUCCCAGGUGCCCCCGGAACCAUGAUUGCCAGCUACGUCUGGGGCCAGGACGCCUCCAGACUAGGUUCAUACAUGAACCCGCACAACGAGAAGCAACAGGCACCUUAUCAACCAGAGAGCAUUGACGUCAUGGUCGACUUGACUCUGAGAAACCUGGCAGAACUCAACGGCGUGUCCCACGAGUUCCUCCUGUCGCAGUUUGAGGGCUACCACGCGUACGAUUGGUACGGAUCAGCAUACUCCAACGGCGCUUUUGCCAUCUUCGGCCCGGGUCAGUUCAGCAGCACGCUGCCGUGGUUAAUGAGACCUUCUGCUGAUGGCCACAUGCACUUCGCGGGCGAGGCGUUGAGCUCGGGUCACGCUUGGAUCAUUGGCGCCGUCAACAGCGCGUGGAGAACCGUGUUUGAGAUCCUUUGCACUGAAGGUCUGGAGGACAAGAAGAAGCAGUUCGUUGAGCAGUGGGGUGUCAUUGAUGAAGUUGACAUGGGUUGGUACAACUGGUCUCCAGAGGGGGGUUCCCGGCAUCACGACAGACUCAGGAGAUAG